AUGGCAGAAAAACCCAAAGUCCUCUUCCUCGGCAGUACCAAACAAUAUCAUAAACCUGUCUACCCACAGUCAAAUGAGCGAUCUGCUUUUAUAGAAGAGACCAAGUCUGGUGCUUUCGAUGGAGUCAAGGCUAUCUAUCGUACAAACAAGUCUGUUGGCAUUACUGGACUCUUUGAUGCCGAGUUACUAGAUGUCUUGCCCAAGUCUCUCAAGUUCAUUUGUCAUAACGGCGCCGGAUAUGAUCAAAUUCAUGUCUCUGAAUGCACCUCUCGUGGUAUUCGUGUUUCAAACACACCCACAGCUGUAGACGAUGCCACGGCUGACAUCACUAUCUUCCUUCUUAUCGGCGCCUUGAGAAAUAUUUCAUCCUCAAUCUUCACUCUCCGAGAGGGAACCUGGCGAGGUUCCCCUCCACCUUCACUUGGUCAUGAUCCUCAAGGCAAAGUGCUAGGCAUUCUAGGCAUGGGAGGCAUCGGUCGCAAUGUUGCACGCAAAGCCCGAGCUUUUGGCAUGACUGUGAGAUAUCACAACCGAAGCCGUUUAUCACCUGAUCUAGAGGACGGUGCUGAGUAUGUUGACUUCGAGAAACUUCUUAAAGAAAGUGAUGUGUUGAGUCUCAACUUACCCCUGAAUCCCAAAACCCGACAUACUAUCGCAAAGCCUCAAUUCGACAUUAUGAAGCGUGGCAUUGUAAUUGUCAACACCGCUCGUGGUGCAGUGAUGGACGAAGCUGCUCUCGUCGACGCUCUUGAAUCAGGACAAGUUGCUAGUGCUGGUCUUGAUGUCUUUGAGAACGAGCCAGAGGUCCAUCCAGGGCUCUUGGAGAACAAGAACGUCUUGCUUGUUCCACACAUGGGAACGUGGACUGUAGAGACCGAGAGAUUGAUGGAGGCUUGGGCUAUGGACAAUGUUCGUCUUGCAGUGACAGAAGGAAAGUUGAAGAGUAUCGUUUCUGAGCAGAAGGAUCUGCAAUAG